CCAUCCGUGAAGACGGCAUGCCCGGGGGCAGGAACAAGAGCAUUGGGCCUGUCCAGAUCUCCGAGGAAGAGAUCGAGCGGAUCAUGUCUGGCCAGGAGUUUGAAGGGGAGGCCAACCUCUCCUGGUGUAACAACGGCGACAGCGACAACAGCUCCCCCGGAAACGGGGUGUCGGAAAGCAACCAGCCGUCCCCGGUGUCGACUCCGUCUUCGAGUAGGUCCGUGGAGAUGAACGGGUUUACAGUUCUCAGGGAUCAAUACAUGGGCACCCCGGUGUCCGCCCCUUACCAGUAUUUGCCGCACCUUCUCAGCUGCCCGACUCACACGGCCCUGCUGCCCCCCCAGCCCCGCAGCCUCGACUCCCAGGCCCAUGGGCUCCUCAUCAGCCAGCUGGUCUCUGCAGAGGACCUGGAGCCCUUGGGCACCCCGAUGCUGAUUGAAGAUGGAGGAAGCCCCCUUGUGGAGUACUGUGAAAUCGUUACCAUGACAUCGCCACUGCGCUGCACAUGUUGGAGCCUUCACAGCUUCUUGAUCCAUAGAUCUUCCUCCUCCUCCUCCUCAUGUGCUGUCCUCCAUCCAGAUAUUCGGGGCCUGGCCAACGCCUCACAGCUGGAGCAGCUGAACAAGCGAUACUGGUACGUCUGCCAGGACUUCAUGGAGUUCAAAUACCCGCACCAGCCAAGCCGCUUUCCGGAUCUGAUGAUGUGUCUGCCAGAGAUCCGGUACAUCGCAGGAAAAAUGGUGAACGUCCCUCUGGAGCAGCUCCCCCUCCUCUUCAAGGCCGUCUUGCAUUCUUGUAGAGCCUCCAUGAACAAGGAAUGAAGCCGGAGCUCCGUGACGCCCCCUCCAAGACACACACACACACAUACACCCCAGGAAAGAAUGGAGCAGACGCCCUGCGACUGAGGGACCAUCUCAACCGCUUCCCGCAGGGCAGUGGCAAACUUCGCUACCCAGAAUCCUUGGGGACGAAGAGAAUGUCGUUCCUGUGUCUGGCUGUUUGUCGGUGUGUGUGUGUGUUUGUGAAGAGUGGGGGUGAUUUUUUUUUUG